AUGCUCAAUUACGAUUUAGACAUCCAACACAUUUCUUCCAACGACUUCGGUUGCGCAGACAUGCUGUCCCGGCUUAUCGACCGUACUUCUCGACCGGAAGAGGAAUACGUCGCAGCAGUAAUCAACCUGGAAGAAGACAUAGUGAGUAUCAUUAACGACUCAUUAGACAAACUUCCAGUGGCAUUCACAGCAUUACAACAUGCGACGAAGAAGAGCACCGUUCUACAAUUUGUGUCCAAAUUCAUCGAGGAAGGUUGUCCACGGGAUUCGAAGUCGAUCACAAACCCAGAUCUCUUGCCGUACUACAAUUGGCGGGACUCGCUCAGCAUCGUCAAUGGCUACGUGAUGCUACACGACCGUGUAGCAGUUCCUCACCAGUUCCAGAGAAAAAUCUUGAGACAGUUACAUCAGGGCCACCCGAGAGUGGUUCGCAUGAAGGCAAUUGCUCGCAGUUUCGCCUACUGGCCCGGCAUUGACAUCGAAAUUGAAGAAUUCGUGCGCAACUGCAGUCCCUGCUGCAUAGCCGGAAAAGCACCGGUCAAAACGACGCUUGAGUCGUGGCCUGCACCGUCGAAGCCAUGGUCUAGAAUACACAUCGACUAA